AAAAUUGAAACUUCGACUUGGACAAAAAAACCUCAUUCAGGGUGCAAACAGAACAAGCAUAAUAAAGGACUUAAUUAUCAUAGGCAAACAACGUUCGCAACAUUAUGUGACAGGAAUUAAAUCUUUGAUACCUAAACCAGCUAUUCACAACGCUGGAUUGUGACACCCUUAUAUUAAUAUUUUGGGAUCCCACACAUAGAAUAGCAAUAACUUACAGGUUCAGCUAAUAAGUAUUCGCGUCAUGGCAGAGGUGUCACACAUCAGGAACGCAGCGAACAGAACGCGACCUCUUGGAGAAGUCAAAGAUGACAUUGCGUACAUGGUAAAACAGGACUCGAGAUAUACCACCCGUGACGAUUACAGCGACGAAACCGGCGAUGUUCAGAAGAUGAAAGAUGUAAAGGAUAGUAUACGCCAUGCUGCACUCAUCAAUAUCGUUGCAGCCGUUAACGAUUCUUGUGAGGACGAGUCGGCACGUUCCCGUUUUUUGGAACAAUCUCAGAGAAGUGCAGAAACCAAUAUGGCGCUUAUAUCAAACCUCGUCUUUCACAAGGAUAGGUCCAUCUCCAUUCCAAAACCUCAGGUUUUCUUUGAACCCCCAAAAACGCUUUCAACGAAGAAACCGGUGUUUUACAAAAAUUCGAAGGAUGAAGUUCUGGAAGACAUCGAACAAAGAAAACGGUGUGUUUCAUUGACAAGAACCCGUAUGCCAGUGGAUGAUGAACCUGAAAAAGCAUUAACGGACAGACCAAAAAGUGAAAGCAUACAGUUUUCAGUAUCAAUACAACAGCUUAAGGAUGACACUAAAUCGAACCCACCCACCCCACCAUGGAUGCAGAAGCCGAUGAAAGUUAAGAAUGCACGCUCGAUGAGCCCAAGACGGCGAUUCGUCUCCUUAAAUAAGAAAAUAGAAACAAAAUCUGGAACACCAAUUUCUAAAUGUGAAGCAGUGGACAUUAUGGAUGCGACAGAAUGCUUACAAAACCGUUUCAAACCCCCGCCUGUUUCUCACAUUGAGAGUUACGGGGAACAAAUAGACAAUGCUAGUACUGAAAAUGAUCCUAGCAUAUUUCGAGCACGAUCUCUCCCAUCGCUUUUCCCAGUAAAGAAAAAGAAGGAAGUGAAAGUUACUGAUAAAAGUGGUAACGGUAGUGAUAAAGACAAAGCAAAACUUAUUGCACCAUUCAAAAGACCUUCUGCAACAGCAUAUGGGUGUCUCCCUAAUAUGGUCAUGGGCAAAACAAUUCAAACGAAAUCUGAAAACAAUGACCAGUUGAACUUGGUACAAGAUCAGAAGUUAUAUAAUCGUGUUGAAAAAAUAUCGUCUGCUAUAAAGGAAACCAUUUCAAAAUUUGAAACUCAAGAAGAUUCCCCAAAAGCAGAGGAGGGUAUCAUUUCGCUGGAAGGACACUCCAUACCUAAUCCGCGACAACCCACAGUACCUGGUUCUUCCAAACUUCCUGAGAAACGUCUGCUCAAUAGGCCUCAAACAGGGCCAGAUUACAUGAAAAUGAAUUCAGUGCAAGAAAGGAGAAUUUUACGUGAUCUUGACCACCACUUCAACGAACUUCACCGAACGUUGUCUCAUCGAAGUAAUCUAUUAAGUGAUAAUACUAGUCAAACUGUUCAGGCCACGGCUUAUGAUAUAGCCAAUUAUGGUUUAGUAGGUAAGAAAUUUAAAUCGAAAAAUACAGACAAACUUUCAAGUGAAAGGAAUAGGUUUUUUCAACAGAAAAUGGGGGUUAAACCCAAGUCAACGAAAAGGGUGACAUUUGCCCCGGUGGAGGAAAAUCUUAAUGCUAGUGAAGUAAGAAAUACCACGAAUUCUAUCUGUGAUGAGAGACAAGACUCAUCUCGCACAAAAAGAGCAAUAAAUCAAGUAAACGUAAGAACUGGAUCAUCAUCUAUGAAAGCUGUGUCUUCCGGAGAGUUAUCCCGCCUUAAAAAGCGUAUCAUUCCGGACCAGUUCAAUUCUGAUCCAAAGCCAAAUUAUGAUCUCAUGGACAAUAUCAGAAUAUCUGGUAUGUCUUCUAGAGAAAACAGUAGUGUCCCUCCCCGACCGCCUUCACGGAUGUCCGAGGUCAGAUCGAUGGGGUCGGAGGGUGUCACUUCUUCAUAUUUCGAUGAAGUCGCGUUCGAUUGGAAUGACCGUGAGACCGAUGCUGCUGAUCGUGCAAGUUCAAAUGUACCCAAAAGUUAUGGUGCGUCAUCAUUUUAUCCUGACAGUACUAAGAUUAAACUCAAUUUCAACCAAUAUCAGUAUAGUGACUCUGAAGAAAGCUCUGAAGAGGAAGAUAAUGAAACGUAUCGUAUUGUAAAAGCCGUGGAUUUAGGUACGCUGUCGGGUUAUCAACACAGGAAAUUCCGGAAACCGCCUACAAAACUAGAAACGUCGACAACCCAUUUCGUCAAAAUUAAAGUAAAAUGAUCAGGAUGUU